AUGAGGUUCUCUUGGGUCUCAUUGGCCCUGGUCGGCCUGGUCGCUAAGGAUGCUAUGGCCUUGCCUGCCGCUGUCAAGGACACUGAUUGCGACGACAAGGCUCAGCCACGUAGCAUCCAGGGCAACGGUGGGUCGAGUGACUCUGACACCUGGCUUGGUCCAGACAUACUUGGCCCAGGUGGCGUCGCCAGCGUCGUCCGUCAGGUCAGCAAGGACAUCGAAAGCCAAGGGCAGAACCCAGAAUCUUACGGCUUAGGUCUCAUGCCGGGACACGCUCACUGGUCUGGCUACCAACCUGACCAGCCCCACCACCACGAUCACGGUAACAAGCAUGAAUGGGAUUGGAGCUGGUAUGAGCACGAAGAAUGGAACGGUCACGAACACAAGCAUCACGAUCAUGAGCACGGUCACGAACACGAGCAUCGCGAUCAUGAACACGGUCACGAACACAAGCAUCGCGAUCAUGAGCACGGUCACGAACACGAGCAUCGCGAUCAUGAGCACGGUCACGAACACGAGCAUCGCGAUCAUGAACACGGUCACGAACACGAGCAUCGCGAUCAUGAACACGGUCACGAACACAAGCAUCGCGAUCAUGAACACGGACACGACUCAGGCUCUCACCAUCCUGUUGGACCAAUCCAGCCCGAUGGCAAGACAUUCAAGUGCGUUCCAUACGACUACACCCCUCGCACUCGCGAGUUCGACUGGACCCUCACCUAUGGUCCCUCUGCUCCCGAUGGCUUCGUCAAGAAACGCAUUCUCAUCAACGGCCAAUCCCCCGGUCCUCUCAUCGAAGCCAGCGAAGGCGACACUAUCGUCGUCAAGGUCAAGAACCGCCUCGACCAGGGCACCUCCAUCCACUGGCACGGCAUGUUUCAGAACAGCACUCCUUUCAUGGAUGGUAUCGCUGGUUUCUCCCAGUGCCCCAUUCCUGCUGGUGGCGAGCUUACCUAUCGUUUCAAGAUCGAGGGUCAGUAUGGCUCUUACUGGUGGCACAGUCAUUCCAAGAUGCAGUAUACCGACGGUCUGUAUGGUGGGUUGAUCAUUCGUUCCAAGGAUGAUCCUUACCAAAAGUGUCGAGACUAUGACGAUGAGAAGGUGUUCCUCUUCGCCGACAAUUACCACGAUUUUGCCGAUGACAUCGUCAACCAGCUGCUCUCGGUCAAGGGAUACAACGGUUCAUCUGCUGCGCCCUCUCCUCAAUCUGGUCUGAUCAAUGGCAAAGGUCAAUUCAACUGUGCUGGCUUAGCUCGAGCCAAGGGUAAACAGCCAGGCAUGCCAAGCAAGUGCACCCAGCUCCCCACACCAACGAUGGACAUCGAACCGGGUAAGAAGUACCGCUUCCGCUUCAUCAACACCGGUUCGCACGCCCAACACAUCAUCUCGAUCGACGACCAUGAAAUGGAAGUUAUCGGCUCGGACGGUACUCCAGUCAAGCCACACAAAGUCCAUCGUAUCCCCAUCGCCAACGGUCAGCGACAUGAUGUGCUUGUCAACACCACCGUCGGCAAAAACGGGGACAGCUUUUUGCUGCGCUCUACCAUGAUGACUGCUUGUUUUUCCUUCGUCGAUCCUCUGCUUGAUCCUGUCGCAAACCUCACCCUUCAGUACAAGCGGCCAGGUAGCCAGGUCAGACCUCGCCCGCCCAAGCCGCAUGACUGGAUGGAUACGAUGGGUACGCUGUGCAAAGAUCUCGAUGAUUCCGAGCUCGUCCCUGCUAUCGACACUUCGGUGCCUGCCAACCUCAACCCUAACUCACUUGGCAUCUUCAACUCACAAUUCGGUAACCUCGUCCUCGCUAACGGCUCAACCCUCGGCAGGUUCUUCAUCGACAACAUCACCCAUACCAACUACGUCAACAAACCCUAUCUCGAGCUCGCACGAGCUGGUCAACAGAUCAACUCCUCCACCGUCGCAUCCCUUCUCGUACCCGACGACGUCUGGGUGGCAGAUAUCAUCAUCAACAACCAGGAUAACUUCCUUGACCAUCCUUUCCACUUGCACGGUACCGACAUGCAUAUCAUCGCUCGCGGCACGGGUAACUUGACACAGGAAGGCUGGUCGAAGCUGAACCAGCAGCCUGGUGCCUUGAACUUGCACAACCCGCUCAGGAGGGAUACAGUCUCGGUCACGAGGAGCAGUUGGAUCGUAGCUAGGAUCAAGGCUGAUUUGCCUGGUGUGUGGCCGUUGCAUUGCCAUAUUGCUAUGCACGUGGCUGAGGGUUUGAUGGCUGCAGUGGCAAUUCACCCGAAGAAGAUCCAGCAGUUGAAGUUCAGUCAGAAGGUACUGGAUUUGUGUCCCGGCCCGACUGCUCCGAUUAGUGUCUUGAAUGAAGUGGAGCCUGCUUAA